CAAUUGUCAGAAUCAUCCCGAAAUAACUACUUCCUUUUCCUGUUGAACGGCCAAAAUGGCGUUGAUUAUUCCAGAGAAGUUCCAGCACAUUCUGCGUGUUCUUAACACCAACAUUGAUGGACGAAGGAAUAUCUUGUUCGCUCUGACAUCCAUCAAGGGUGUUGGUCGUCGUUACGCACACAUUGUGUGCAAGAAGGCUGAUGUGGACCUUACUAAAAGAGCUGGUGAGCUUACAGAUGAGGAGAUUGAGAGAGUGAUGACCAUUGUUCAGAACCCUCGCCAGUACAAGAUCCCUGACUGGUUCCUCAACAGACAGAAGGACAUCAAGGAUGGAAAGUAUUCACAGGUGAUGUCCAACGCUCUCGACAACAAGCUCCGUGAGGACCUGGAGCGACUCAAGAAGAUCCGUGCCCACAGAGGUCUGCGUCACUAUUGGGGCCUGCGUGUGAGAGGUCAGCACACCAAGACCACUGGUCACACUGGUAAAACUGUGGGUGUCUCCAAGAAGAAAUAAACUGUGCAGAACAUGGCAAAUAAACAAAGCAAAGAAAAAAGUCA